UAUUUUCUGUUCCAUUCUAUUCCCCUUUUUGUUUCCUGACAUGUGUAUAGCAUCGGCUUGAAAGUUAUACAAAAAAGGAAUACAUCACAAUUUGCCCAACACUCAUCAAGAAAUUGCACAAAUUACAGCUGUAGCUUCAUAGUGUACACAAUUCGGUUGCUUUUGCAAUUCUCCAACCACUGUUAAUCAUUUGAGCAAAUUCCCUUCUUUUUUUUUAGGGUUUCAGUCUUAGGGUUUAGGGGUUUUUUAUUUCGAUCAGAAGUCGGAUCCUUUUCUGUGUCUUCGGUCUUCUUCCUUAAAUCGCAAGAUUUGCAGUUUUUAUUGUUGGGUUUUUCAGUUUCAAUUUAGUUGAACCUGGGUUUUGCUUGGUUUCUCCGUACAAUCCAUAGUUCAAUUUUUUUAGUUUAGUUUUUUUAUUUUUUUAUUUUUCUGUUCUGCGUUCUUAUUCUUCUGAAUUUCGCUUCAUGAAAAAUGGGUUUUUUAUUAGAUGAUGUUUGUUUCUGGUACUCCUUGGAGAAGUGUUCUUUGCAAAGCUGAGGUUUUUGGUUGUUGAAUUUCAGUGUUCAAUGUGGGUCAAUGGUGACCUGGGUUGUAAACUAAUUACUUGAUUUUUGUUGUUAUUUGUCCUUCUUUUGCUUCUUUGUGCUUCACACAGAUUCUGCUUUUACUAGGUAGUGUGGGUUUUGGAAGGUUAGAUCUUUUUUUUGGAGUUUGAAUUUUGAGAUUUGGAGUAUUCAAUGUGGGUUAAUGGUGCAACUGGGUUGUAAGAGAAUUGUUUGUUUUUUAAUCCCAUUAAGAGAAAACAAAGAAAGAAUUGCUUUCUGAAUUUUUGUCCGAGUGAGUAUUCUCUUGGAGCAUGGAUUACGUGAGGGAGACUGGCGGAGCAGCGGGCACGUUGCUAAUCCCAACGCGGUUUGUGUGGCCUUACGGCGGAAGAAGUGUUCAUCUCUGUGGCUCAUUUACAGGGUGGUCUGGCCAUUAUCCGAUGACCCCGGUUGAAGGAUGUCCAACCGUGUUUCAGACUAUUUGCAACUUGCCGCCAGGUUACCAUCAGUAUAAGUUCAUUGUUGAUGGUGAAUGGCGACAUGAUGCGCACCUGCCUAUUGUGAGUGGUAACUAUGGAGAAGUGCACACUGUUUUCGUUGGUGGGGAGGCUGGGUGUGUUCCUCCGAUUCUUAUUCCAGAAAUCCAACCUGGUUCUAACAUGGAUGUGGACAAUGAGGCCUUUCAGCGUGUGGUAAAAGUUUCAGAUGGUGCAUUGCAUGAAGUGUUGUCAAGGUUACCAGAAACUGAUUUAGAGGUCUCGUGUCACCGCAUUGCUGUAUUCCUGUCGACACGCAAGGCGUAUGAGCUGCUUCCUGAGUCAGGCAAGGUCAUUGCCUUGGACGUAGAUUUACCUGUAAAGCAGGCAUUUCAUAUCCUGCAUGAACAGGGAAUUCCUACGGCUCCUCUUUGGGACUUCUGCAAGGGAGAAUUGGUUGGAGUUCUUAGUGCUUUGGAUUUUAUCUUGAUAAUAAGAGAGCUCGGCAGUCAUGGUUCCAAUCUUACUGAAGAAGAGCUUGAGACGCACACUAUCUCUGCUUGGAAAGAAACAAAACUGUAUCUGAGUAGACAAAUUGAUGGGAAUGAGAGAUUGAUUCCCAGAAAACUUGUCCACGUGGAGCCAGAUGAGAAUUUGAAAGAUAUUGCUCUAAAGAUUUUGGAUAAUAAUGUGGCUACAGUUCCUGUCAUCCAUUCAUCUUCAGGAGAUGCCUUGUUUCCUCAGCUAUUACAUCUUGCCUCACUUUCUGGAAUACUGAAGUCUAUUUGCAGGUACUUUAGACAUUCUUCUGGGUCAUUGCCUCUGCUCCAACUACCAAUUUGUGCAAUUCCUUUGGGUACAUGGGUUCCGAGAAUUGGAGAAACAGCUCGGCGGCCAUUGGCAAUGUUGAGACCAAGUGCUUCUCUUGGUGCAGCAUUGAGUUUGUUAGUUCAAGCUCAAAUUAGUUCAAUACCAAUUGUCGAUGAUAAUGACUCGUUACUAGAUGUAUAUUCUCGGAGUGAUAUCACAGCUUUGGCCAAAGACAAGGUUUAUACUCAUAUUAAUCUUGAAGAAAUGACUGUUCAUCAGGCGUUGCAGCUGGGACAAGAGCCACUCUCUCCGUAUGGGUUCAGCAGUCAAAGAUGUCACAUGUGUUUACGAUCUGAUCCACUGCUUUUAGUGAUGGAGCGUUUGUCAAAGCCAGGGGUUAGACGGCUUAUUGUUGUGGAGGCUGGCAGCAAGCGCGUAGAAGGGAUUAUAGCACUCAGCGAUAUCUUCAGAUUCUUGCUCAGGUAGAUGAAGGAUAUGACACGCAGCAGUCUAUUCAGAUUCUUGUUCGGUUAGACAGACCGACAUUUGGCGAUUUGGUUUUGAUUUUUUCAAACAUACCAUUGGAUUGGCCUCCCGUAUCGUGGCAUGGUCUUUUAGGACCAUUAUGCAGAAGACAGAGGCAUGUAAAUUGCAAGGAUUGGGAUUUUUGUCCCUAGUCUAUUUAUCUUCUCCUUACCCAAAACUAUUGUCAACUUAAUUGCCAAUUUUUUUGUGAAUGGCAUGGAAAAAGAUGACAUUCCCGUGCCGUUAAUGGUAGAAGAAGAGUGGAAUAAAACACGGAUGGAUUUCAGAUGGCCA